AUGGAAACAGCGUCCCCAAACUGGUUUACUCUUAACACGAAUGGAGCGGUUCACAAAAUUUCCUCAAACGGCUCGGUGGGUGGCCUCAUUAGGAAUAUGAAUGGUGACUGGAUCAUUGGUUUCAAUAAACCGGUUGAAAUUUCAACACCUCUUCAAGAUGAACUUUGGGGAAUUUUAGAAGGACUUCAUUUGGCGCUUUCCCAUAAUAUCGAACGCCUUCAAUGUCAAACCGACAGUGCCGAAGCUCUUAAACUUGUCUCUUCGCCAAUGGCUAACUGCAAUCCAAUAGCUCUUGUUCGCUCUAUUGCAAAUCUCAUCUCAAAGCAAUGGAAAAUUGAAUUCAUCCUCAUUCGACGUGAAGCAAAUGCUGCAGCAGAUUUCCUUGCAAAAACUACCGCUGAUACUAAUGAAAGAGCUCAGACCUACAUAGUACCUCCUCAAGAGAUUAUACCUCUUCUUCAACGUGGCCUCUAUGAUCCUGCUUUUCUCCACAUCUAG